AUGCCGGUUUGCGCGGGCACCUUCAAGUUAGAAGAAGCGACCAUCGACCAGAUGCAGAAGGCCAUGACGGAUGGCAUCUUGACUUCUCAGCAAUUGGUCAUGUGUUACAUGCAGCGGACUUUCCAGACUCAGGAGUACAUCAGUUCCGUCAUGCAAUUGAAUCCGGACGUCAUGACAAUCGCGGCCGAGAGGGACAAACAACGAAAGGCAGGCCAAGUUCUCGGUCCGCUCCAUGGAAUCCCCUUUACUGUCAAAGACAACAUCGCGACGAAGGACAGUAUGGAAACAACUGCCGGGAGUUAUGCGCUGCUUGGAAGUAUCGUCCCCCGCGACGCCUUCGUUGUUGCUCGUUUAAGAGCUGCAGGAGCUGUGCUAUUUGGAAAAUCCACGAUGAGCGAGUGGGCAGAGGGCUACUCCCCAAGGGGCGGGCAGCCACGAAGUCCUUACAAUCUGGUAUUUAAUCCCAUGGGAAGUAGCUCUGGGAUUGUAGUAGGAGCAGCUGCCAAUGCGAUCGCCUUUUCUCUCGGUACAGAAACGGACGGCAGUGUCAUUAGCCCUGCCCAUAAGAACGGCGUAGUAGGCAUCAAGCCGACUGUCGGACUGACUUCACGAGACGGAGUCAUAUCAGAGUGCGAACACCAAGACACGGUUGGAACUUUCGGCCGAACUGUCCAAGACACCGUCUACGCCCUUGAUGCCAUCUACGGCAUCGAUCCAAGAGACAACUACACCGAUGCCCAGUGCGGAAAAACGCCACCAUCGGGAGGAUACGCGCAGUUCCUCACCAACAAGACUAGUCUGUGCAACGCAACAUUCGGAACUCCAUGGUACAGCUUUUGGAACAUCUCCAACGCAGAAACCAAGGCACAGCUUGACGGCCUGAUAACUCUGAUCCAGGAAAAUGGCGGCACCAUCGUUAACUUCACUGAGAUUACCGAUCAUGAGAAGGUCGUGAACAAAACAGGCUGGGAUUGGAAUUGGCAAGGCAAGAUAGGGGGUUACCCCUUCAAUGGGAGCUACACAAUGUCUGGACGUUAUAAGGCUUACCAUGGCCUUCCAGCUUUUCGUUCCGGUCAAGAUGGCUUUCUCAUGUCUAAUGAGACUCAAGGAGACCAGAAUGACACUUACUGGAAGGCUCUUGACUACAUGCAGACCACCACACGUGUCGGCAUCGACGGUGCACUAAGCUACAAUGGAACUCGGCUUCCAGGCUUGCUUGUGCCUGUAUCAGUAGCCCAGACUUACCAGAUCGCGGCGCAGGCUGGAUAUCCAAUGAUCACAAUCCCCGCAGGAAUAUAUACCGAUACUGGCAUGCCCUUUGGGCUGGGAAUCAUGCAGACUGCAUUUGCUGAAGGAGAACUUGUGCGAUGGGCUAGUGCCAUUGAGGAUCUACAACUGAAGUCGGGUACAUCGUUCAAAAGAACGCGGCCGAAGUGGUUGAGACACCUGGAAAGGCCUAUCCCCAUCGAUCGGGAGCUAAAGGGUAACUGA